AUGUCUGGCGUCUGGGGCUGGUUUGGAGGCGGCGCGGCCCAGAAGAAGAAGGAUAGCCCCAAAAAUGCCAUCCUAGGCCUACGAUCGCAACUCGAUAUGCUGCAGAAGCGGGAGAAGCACCUGACGACGCAGAUGGAGGAGCAAGACUCGAUCGCACGAAAGUAUGUCAACACAAAUAAGAAUGCGGCAAAGGCUGCGCUCAAGCGGAAGAAGGCACAUGAGCACAGUCUGGAACAAACGACGGCACAAAUUGGAACCCUGGAGCAGCAAAUCAACGCCAUCGAAUCCGCCAACAUUAACCGCGAGACCCUUGCCGCCAUGCAAAAGGCUGGUGAGGCCAUGAAGAGCAUCCACGGCAAACUCACACCCGAGGCAGUGGACGAGACCAUGGCUCAACUUCAAGAGCAGAAUGCGCUGAGCGAAGAAAUCGUCAAUGCCAUUACCAGCAACCAAAUCGGAGAACCCAUCGACGAGGACGAACUCGACAACGAGCUGGAGGCUAUGCAACAGGAACAGCUGGACGAGCAGAUGCUCAGAACUGGCACAGUCCCAGUAUCGGAUUCUAUCCAUCGGCUGCCAACUGUUGCAAAUGGAAAGAUCGAGACUCCUGCGGCCGAGGAAGACGACGAGGAGGCCGAGCUCAGGAAGUUGCAAGCAGAGAUGGCCAUGUAG